AUGACGAAGAAGGGCACGCACAGGCUGCGCUUUCAUUUACACGUCAUCGUAAUAAGCGAGCAGCAGCAAGACAAAGCACAUCUGCCGCCUCUGCCGACGCGCUCGCAUAUAGUGGUCAGCACCAGCAACAACGAAUACAAGUUACCACCACAGCAGCAGCAGCCAGGCCAGCAACAGCAGCCCGGCCAGGGCCAGGGCGUCGUCGGCACGCUGGGCUCGACGACGGGUAACGGCGGCACCGGACCGCAUCCGGGCGGUCCCCAGCAGCCGCUGGUCAUGUCGGGCUUCCCCAUGAGGGCUGCGGCGGUGCCCCACUACUCGCCCUACUCGCCGUCGCGCUUUCACAUCGACAAGCGCUGCCAGCAUCGCUGCUCCUGGAAGUGCUUCAGCAUCGCCAUGAUACUGGUUAGCGUGGCGCUGGCCUCGAUGGUCGCUUACUUUGCCGCGGUUAAUUCGAUGAAACCAAUCGACAGCUCGAAUUGCGUUAUGGUGCAAGACGUCAAGUCCGCCACUCACGACCAUGCAAAUAUCCACGACUCCAUAUCAACGCCGCAGCUACCGACUGAAGAGAGCCUGCCGACGAGCACAGCGGAGCACUCGUCGGCCUCGCACGCCGACUCCGCCGAUCAUCAGCAGUCGCAUCAGCAGCAGCAGCAGCACCAACAGCAGCAACACCAGCAGCAACACCAGAGCGACCCGCAGAUCCAGCAGUCCGCGGCGCAGCACUGGCCCGCUGUGCUCGAGCUCCAAUCCUACAACGUCGCCCACACCGCCGUCAUACCGCCCUACAACUUCUGGAACUCGGAGUUUCGCAACAAGCAGCCGGCCUUCAUCCGGCUGAAUCUGACGCUGCCGUGGGGCGCCAACUUCGCCGUCUACGGCCGACGCAACGUCGCGCCCAGCGUCACUCAGUACGACUUCGUCGAGUUCGUGCGGGGCGGCCGGCUGGAUCAUCGUCUGAAGCGCGACGUGUUGGCCGCGGCCGGCGUCGCCGCGGUCAGCUUCACCAGUAGCUUGGGCUCGCAGGAGUACGUCGUGCAGCCCCGUGUCUUUACGAACGAGGAGGACAGAAGGAGAGGCGGCGCACGCAGCGACCAUCUGCUGUACAAGAGGUCGAAUUUCGAGGCGAUGAUGGUGAACGUCAGUCUUCUGCAGUAUCUCGACACCGGACGUUGGUUCCUGUCGGUCUACAACGACGAGCUGCAGCCCUACACGGUCACCCUAAUUGUCACCGAGGCCGAGGGUGUAUCGACCACCUGUCCAAACGACUGCUCUGGCAGGGGUUCGUGCUAUCUUGGCAGAUGCGACUGCAUCGACGGCUAUCAGGGUGCGGACUGCAGCAAGAGCGUCUGCCCGGUGCUGUGCUCGAACCACGGCCAGUACGGGGGCGGCAUGUGUCACUGCGAGGAGGGCUGGAAGGGCGCCGAGUGCGACAUACCCCUGGUCGACUGUCAAGUGCCCGACUGCAACAGGCAUGGCCAGUGCGUCCGCGGCUCCUGCGUCUGCAAUCCCGGCUGGAAGGGCGACUUUUGCUCCGAACCGGACUGCGCCGACCCGAACUGCGGCGGUCACGGGGCCUGCGUGUCGGGCAAGUGCUACUGCAAGGCCGGCUGGCAGGGCGAGCGCUGCGACCAGGUCGACCAGCAGAUCUACCAGUGCCUGCCGCGCUGCUCCGAGCACGGCAGCUACGACCUCGAGACCGCAGCGUGCGUCUGCGAGGAGCACUGGACCGGCGUCGACUGCUCGCAGCCCAGCUGCGGACUGGACUGCGGACCCCACGGCACCUGCGAGAAAGGACGCUGCAAAUGCCAAGACAACUGGACGGGAACGAAAUGCGAUCAGAAGCCGUGCGAUCCGCGCUGCGCCGAGCACGGACAGUGCAGGAAUGGCACCUGCGUGUGCAGCCAAGGAUGGAACGGCAAGCAUUGCACUUUGCCGGGCUGCGAGAACAAAUGCAGCGGCCACGGCUCUUGUACCCCAGUGGGAGGCGAGUCCGUCUGCGAGUGCGUGCCCGGUUGGGCCGGUCGUGACUGCAGCAUCGAGCUCGAGACCAUAUGCGACGACGACAUCGACAACGACGGCGACGGCAUGAGGGACUGCUCGGACAGCGAGUGCUGCUCGCAUCCGUCGUGCCAGGACCACCUAAUGUGCUUGUCGAGCAAGGACCCGGUCGAGGUGCUGCUGAGAAAGCAGCCGCCGAGCGUCACCGCGACCUUCCACCAGCGGGUCAAGUUCCUCAUCGAGGAGAACAGCGUACAGAGUUACGCGCGAACAGACGAGUACAGCGAGAAUGCGUUCUGGAGUUCCUUUGAUCCGCGUCGUGUUGCGGUGAUGCGAGGACAAGUCGUAACGGAGCAAGGACUCGGCAUAAUAGACGUCAGGGUAUCCGUCGACAAGGACCAGCGCUUCGGCUUUACCCUAACUCGAGCCGGCGGAUGGUUUGACAUCCUGGUGAACGGCGGAGGAGCGGUGACUCUGCAGCUGCAGCGCAGCCCCUUCACCCCCAUGACGCGGACGGUCUUCGUACCCUGGAAUCAGAUCGUCGUGCUGCCGCCCGUGGUGAUGGUCGUCAGCGGCGAGGAGGGCGACUCUUACAGAUCGAUUAAUCAGCUGCCUACUCCCGUCAUCGGCUCGCCAGGCUUUCCAGGCUACUCAGGAAAUUUGUUCGACGAGCACGGCCCGUGCAUGAAGCACGAUCACGAAACUCUACGUCCAAUAAUCGUCGGUACAUGGAUGCCAGAAAAAGUUGGAGGACUGCCAGGCAAAAGUCUAGUAUUCGCCGAGACACAGAUCGUGCAGGAGAGCAUAGCGAUACCGGGCUCGCAUCUGCACCUGGUCUACCGCAGCAGCCAAGCGGCCGGCUACCUGUCGACGGUCCAGAUGCAGCUCACCGGCUCGUUCAUACCCAAGAGCCUGACCCACGUGCACGUGCACGUGCAGAUCGAGGGCUCGGUCCACACCAAGACCUACGAGGCCGACCCGAAUCUCACGCACACCUUCGCCUGGAACAAGCGCAACGUCUACAAGCAGAAGGUCUACGGGGUGGCGCAGGCGCGUAUCAGCGUCGGCUAUCAGUACCAGGGCUGCGCCGCCGUCAUCUGGGAGACGCAGACCGCCACCCUCCAGGGCUUCGACGUCGACAUCUCCGACGUCGGGGGCUGGGGCCUGGACAUACAUCACCACUACAACUUCCACGAGGGCAUACUGCAGAAGGGCGACGGCUCGACCCUGCACUUCAAGCAGUACCCGCGCAAGGUGAACGUGGUGAUGGGCACGGGACAGCGUCGCGACAUGAACAACAACGACGACGACUUCAACGGUCUGGCCAGGGACGCCCGACUCCUGACCCCGGUCGCGCUGGCCAGCGGACCCGACGGCAGCAUCUACGUCGGCGACUUUGAUCUCGUGCGCAGAAUCACGCCCGAGGGCAAAGUUUACACUGUGCUACAGCUCAGUGCCACGCAAGUAGCGUACCAGUACUACCUGUGCGUGUCGCCGGCCGACGGCCAUCUGUACAUAAGCGAUCCGGAAAAGCAUCAGAUUCUCCGUACGCUCACGCUCACCGACGUCAAGGAUCCACGCCUCAAUAUCGAGCCGGUGGUUGGCAACGGCGAGCGUUGCAUACCCGGUGACGAGGGACACUGCGGCGACGAGGGACCUGCCGAUAAAGCCAAGCUCGCACAUCCCAAAGGAAUCGUCAUAGCCGCCGACAAGACCAUGUUCAUAGCCGACGGCACGAACAUCCGAGCGGUCGAUCCGAACGGAAUAAUCCACACGCUGGUGGGCCAUCACGGACAUCACAAUCACUGGUCGCCGGCGCCCUGCGUCGGGGCCAUACCGGCCCAGCAGGCUCAACUCCAGUGGCCCACCGGCCUCAGUCUGUCGCCCCUCGACAAUUCUCUGCACUUCAUCGACGAUCGUCUCGUGCUGAAACUCACCGCCGAUCUGAAGGUGCGAGUCGUCGCCGGCACCCCGCUGCACUGCACCUCGAGCGCCAACAACGCCCUGGAGCUGCAGAAGGCCGCCAUGGCCAGCAACGUCAGCCAGAACGUCACGCUGACCAGCAGCCUGAUAAUGCAGAAGAAGAUGGACGAGGUGCUCGGCUCCGUUCUGGCCAUAGCCUUCUCGCCGACGGGCGAGCUCUACAUCGCCGCCCGAGACUCGCACCGUGUCAACAGCAUCAGAAUCGUCGACUCGGCCGGCAAGAUGUCGCACUUCGCCGGACAGCAGCGCGACGACGUGCGAGGCCAGUGCGAGUGCAACAACACGACUCCGAGCAGCGGCGCCGACGCGGACGCGAGCUGCGUCUGUCCCGACGACUCGUCGAGCAGCAGCAGCGCCGAGACGCUGCUAUCCUCGAACGCCAAAUUCACCUCGAUCUCGGCACUGACCGUCUCGGCCGACGGGGUGCUGCACGUGGCCGAUCAGGGCAGCCUGCACAUACUCGCUUUGCAGCCCUACCUGCCGAAUCACGACGAGAGCGGAGAAUUCAAUAUUCCAUUCCCGCCUUCCAACGAGGUUUACGUCUUUAACAGAUACGGACAGCACGUAGCUACCAAAGAUCUUACGUCGGGCAAGACGAGGUACUCCUUCCUUUACAGCAAGAAUACGAGCUUCGGAAAGUUGUCCACCGUAACCGACAGCGCCGGCAACAAGAUUCAGUUCUUGAGGGACUACAGCAACGCCGUCAGUUCCAUCGAGAACACUCAAGAUCACAAGUCCGAUCUCAAGAUAUCGGGCGUUGGCUUCCUCGAGAAGCUCACCGAGAAGGGACGCGCGGAAAUUACACUGGGCUACGACAGCGACACCGGCUUGCUCACCAGCCGAUCAGGGGGUCGUGAAACUUAUAUCUACAACUACGAUAGCAUCGGUCGAGUCACAGAUGUUAUUCUGCCCACCGGAGAAAAGGUCAAACUCAAUUCCGAUCUGGCCACCGACGAGGGUCUCAACGUCAAAGUGGCCGCGCCGUUGUCGUCGCUGAAACAGGGCGACUCGCAGCGCUUCAUGGAAUUCAAAAUGAGAAACGAGAGAUCGCAGGUGCUCACCAUCAUUGACGGCACGAUGAUCAAGAAGGCCACGGCCUUCACCAACAGCACCCUGGAAGUCGAACUGCCGGGCGGAGGCCGAGUCAUCAGCGCCGCCCUGACCAAGCACCCGCUGCUCAAGGCAUCGCUCCCCGUCGAGGCGGAGAUGCUGCCGAUGUGGAGCUACCGAUCCAUGUCGCUCGGCGAACUGACCAACGUCAUGACGACCACUUACAAUCUCGUCGGCGAAGUGAGUCGACCCCAGCAGACUCUGAACCGAGAAAUCUGGGUGAACGACUCGCGCAUCGUCAGCGUCGAAUUCGACCAAGCUUACUCCCGCGAGACCUUCUACGACAAAAUGCGCAAUCCACUGCUUACCGUCACCUUCGAUCCCGCUGGCCUGCCUCUGCAAUGGCAGCCCUACGAGCACGGCUACAAUUUGAGCAUCACCUACGACCGUUUCAAUCGUAUACAGGCCUGGUCUUGGGGUCCGUCCGACGAAUCCUACCUCUACGAUAGAGAGGGUCAACUGGCGCAGAUCAGCAACAGCCAAGACGGCAGCAAGACCUACGGCUACAACGAGCUCAAUUCGCUCAGCAAGAUCACUCUGGCCAGUGGCCGAGAGUUCAAUCUGCUCUACGACGAGGACGGUGGCUUGCGUCACAUCGUCCUGCCCUCGGGCGAGAGGCACUCGUUCUCCUGCCAGGCCUCGCUGGGCUUCACGCGCAUCACCUACACGCCACCGGGCAGCUCUCGAUCCUAUCUGCAGCACUACAGCCACGAGGGCAACCUGCUGCAGACCGUCUUCCCGGGCGACGGAGCGCGCAUAGUUUAUCGACACCACAACUCCGGCCAGCUGGCCGAGGUCGUUCACGGCGACGGCAAGAGCGAGAUAUUCUACACGGAGACGGGCCUGCCGUCCGAGGUCAUACACUCGGAACGCGACGUCGAGUACAAGUGGGACUAUCAGUACAGCGCUGGUCUUCUCGUCGAGGAGCGCAUCGACUUCGGAGCCAAGACCGGUCUGAGUAACGCCAAAUUUACUUUCGAGUACGAUUCCAACUUCCGACCUGUCUCGGUGCAAGGUAGAAUUGGAGGUCUGACCUUGCCCGCUCACGGCAUGGCCUACAGUCAACGAACUGGCACUCUGGAGCAGAUCGGCCAAUUCAAGAUCCUGCGGCCCGGAUCGAAUGAGACUCAAGUUCACGACGGCACGGCCGUAUUCUCACGCACCACCGACGAUCGCUUCCUCGAGACCCAACUCACCGUCACGAUUCGCAACCUCGAAGUCUUCAAGAUGGAGUUCACGCACGACUCGCGCGGCAGGAUCAAUCAGACGCGCACCUACACGCGCAACGUCGGAGUCAACACCUACACGAACGUGAAAAAUUACACCUGGGACUCGGACGGUCAAUUGGCCGGCGUCGAGGCUCAAGAGCCCUGGGGAUUCCGCUACGACGUCAACGGCAACAUGCUGUCGCUGACCUAUCGCGGCAACAACAUACCCAUGGAGUACGAUAAGAUGGACCGCAUCAUCAAGUUCGGCGAGGGUCAUUACAAGUACGACAAUCGCGGCUCGGUCAUCCAGAACGCCCGCGAGGAGAGAUUCAGUUAUAAUGCCAAGGGAUUGUUGACGCGCGCCACCAAGCGUGGACGAUUCGACAUCAAAUACUACUACGAUCAUUUGGAUCGGCUGUCCGCAAGAAAAGAUAACUACGGCAACGUCACCCAAUUCUUCUACAACAACCAGCAGAGACCCUACGAGGUCAGCCAGAUAUACAGUCCGCGAGAUGGCAAGCUCAUGUCACUGGUCUACGACGACAGGGGUCAUCUCAUUUACGCCCAAGUCUACAGGCACAAGUUCUAUAUAGCCACUGAUCAGUGCGGCACACCUGUCAUGAUAUUCAAUCAGUAUGGAGAGGGUAUUCGAGAAAUAAUGAGGUCACCCUAUGGCCACAUAGUCUACGACUCCAAUCCAUAUUUGUAUUUACCAGUCGAUUUUUGUGGCGGUUUACUUGAUCAGAUAACUUCGUUAGUCCACAUGCCCAAUGGCAAAGUAUACGACCCACUGAUAGGUCAAUGGAUGUCACCAUUAUGGGAGAAUGUCGUGGACAGACUUCAAAAUCCCACACACCUUCAUUUGUACCGAUUUAAUGGAAACAAUCCCAUUGAUGUACGACGAACUUCAGAAACUAAUUUACCUACAGAUCACACAAGCUGGCUCGCCAAUCUGGGUUACGACUUGAAGAGUCUGGCUCCUCAAUUAUUCCCAGACACUUUGCCCAGCAGCCUAGUCCCGCCGUCGCUGGAUACCGUAGGAUCGGCGAUAUUCGUCGGCAAGAGAAGCGAGAGCAGCUUGGGCGUCCGGUCGGGCUUCCUUGCUUACAUCGAUCAGCGCCACUCGAGCGACGCCGUCGGCUUGUGGGCGCCGCAACGCUCGGCUCUCAAGAAAGACAGCUCCGAUCUGAUCCCGACGCGUUUGGGAGCCGCGGCAGAGCCACCGUUCGGCCGAGGCAUCUUGGUGUCGCGCACUAAAAAUGGUCGAGCAGUCGUAUCGUCCGUGCCUUCGGCCAAUUCGAUUUACAAGGACGUGUUCACGACCGUGUUCAACGAGUCGCACUUCUUGCCCUUCACGUUCGUCGUGCACAACUCGCAACAGGACGCCUUCUACUUCGUCAAGGAGCAGGCCUGGCGCGCCUCCGAGGACCAAGGCCAGCUGAAGAGACUGGGCGGCCAAGUGAACGUGACGUUCCACGAUAGCGGCAGCAACGGAAGCGGCAGCUCCGACAAGACCGGCCUGACCGACGUGAAGAUUCACGGGCCGACUUACGUGAUCAAUCUGCGCUACGGCACGACGGCCGACAAGGAGCGCCAGCGACUGCUGCAUCACGCCAAGAUGAGCGCGGUUCGCAAGGCCUGGCACCGAGAGCACGAGGCUCUCAAGAGCAACACGCCCACGAGCAUCGAGUGGAGCGCCAGCGAGCAGGACGAGAUCGUGAAGCUCGGCAAGGCCCAGAGCUACGAGGCCGAGUACGUGCACGACCCGCAGCUGUACCCCGAGCUGGCGGAGGAUCCCUACAACAUUAGGUUCGUCAAGAGGUCCCUGGACGCCAAUGCCAGCAAAAAGAGACGCCGGAGAAGAGCAUGCAGCAUCUGGUGGCUCGACAAGUUCUGCUAGGAUACGUCGACCUUAGUGAUUUAUAGCGAUUUACUAACUGUGAAAAAAACGGUGUGAACUGUGAAAAUGAUCGUUUUAUACCAAAGUCUAUUUGUGUAUUUAAAGAAAAUAUUGAGUGCAGGUGCGCAAAAUCCGAGCUAGAGGCUACGAGUGCUAAAAAUGCCAAACUACGCGCACUGCCGAUGCACCGCACCCUCUGUGUUUAUAUAAAUAUAAAUAUACAAGAAUACUAUGUAACAUUAGAUUUAUAAGAAGAGCCUGUCCACACUCUUUUCCACGUGAAUUCAACUCUACGGCUGGAGAUACUUCAAACAGAUAUUUAAUGAUAAAGAAAUUAUUAGGACAUUCGGGCUGAUACCUUAGCAAAUUAAUUAUUUACUAUGAUUACAAUAACUACAAAAAAUUAAUGUGUAAGAUGAAAAAAAAUGAUAUUUAGAGUCGACUCGAUGCAAUCGACCGAUUAAGAUUUAUAUGAUAUAUAUUUAUUUCGAUACUCGCCAUUACUAUACUAUAAAAAGUAUUGACGGUGUAAAAAAGAACAGAAAAAAUUCCAAACUAUCGCUUUGAACGCUUUUGGUAUGCUUGUGAGUUUGUGUUUUUGUGUGUGAUAGAGUAAAAAAACUGACGAUCGCGUUCUCAAAAUCUCAAUUGCAUCCUUAUAUUAUACGACAAAGGCCAGUUUCAAAAGUGCGCAUAUUUAUAGACGAUCACCUUCGUGCAGCGAAUUGUGAACCUAGUCAAUAAAAUAGCUUUAAUUGCAGAAGGUCGAGCGCGCGCCAAUUCAGGGAUUACCAUAUAAAAUGCAUAUUCAAACCUCUACUAUAUCUUGACACUGCCGCCAAGCCUCAAGAUUAAACCUUUUUUAAUAUGAAUUGUACAUUUUUAACCCCAUCGCAUCGAUUAUCCUUUUGAAAUGGGAUGGGGUUGAGAUACGAUUGCAGUUUUGAUCAUGCAUGAGAGAUGAUGUUUUUUGUGGUGCUUUAGUUUGUGCAGUGGGGCAAUCACAAGCACAAAACGCGUAUUUUGAAAAAAGAUUUUGAAAGAUAAUUCACUGAUAAUCACUAUGGCACUGGCACUUUCAUAGCGUCCACGUUUGAGUGAUUUGUCAAGAAGAAAAUAUAAUUGAUGCAACAACAUUAAACUAAAGGUACAUGUUGAGAGAUUAUGGUAAUUCGUGUUUACAUAAGAAUGAAUAUGUGACUGUGUGUGUAUAGCUAAAUUGAAUUUAAUAUUAUAAGAAAAUACAAUUUCGUGAAUUGUCGAUACAUAGAAGUGAUAAUGUACGGUAUUAAUCCAUAUAUAAUGUAUAUGUAAUUGUGCUUAUUAUUGAUGAGUAAAUCGCAUGUACAUCCUAAUUCAGGAAAAAUCAAGAUGAUUUAUUUUUUCUUUCGAGUAAUCGUUGAAAAACCGAAACUGAGGAAUAAAAUAAUGUUUUGUUUUCCAAUCGCGUGUAGAAGAACGGAAAGAGCGAUGUAUUGUAUGUUCAUCUUGCGAAAAAUUUAUUAUAUAUAAAUGAAUAUAUAUAAAAAUAUAUACAAAGAUAUAUACAUGUUAUAUGAUAAACGUCCGGCUGAAAAUAAAUGCAAAAAUUUACGUAUAUACUAUGAAAAAAAAAAAAUUAACACGCGUACAUAAAAAAUGGAAAAAAUACGAUAAACGAACGAAAGUCGAUUUAUAUAUGUACAUGUAAAAUUAGAAAGAUAUUUAGGAAAAAGUGUAUAUUUUUGAUUAGUUAUCAUGUAAUUAAUAUUUUUUAGGAAGAAGAAAAUAAAACAAAAAAGUUGAACAUUUAUGAUGUUUAUGCGAAUUAUGUAAUUUAAUUAUUGACUAUUAUGCUGUCAUUUUUCAUAUGGAAAAGGGUAUUUUUCCUUUUUGUAGGGCUGAAUCAUCGACGUUAUUGUGACUCGCGUCAAUUAUGAUUCAGAUAACUUUUAUUUUAUUUUAAUAUUUACCCUUUACUUUACUACGUGCCAUAUGUAUCAUAAAAACCAAGCCGAACUUGUAAUAAUAGCUUCAUUUUGUAAGUAACACUAACGAAAGACAAAAAAAACACUGAUGUAUGUUAUAAAUUCGUUUUUUGUAUAUUCUUAUUCAAGUACAAAAUAUUUCAUCAUCAAGAAAUAUUUUGAUUGUUCAUUUAUAUAAUUUUUAUGUGUAUUGAAAA